GUCAAUCGAAAAAAAGGACAAUAUAGCAUCAACUAAUCUUGAUCGAUAUUUUUCAUAAUCACAAGAUGUACUUAAUAGCUAAUGUUUUAUUAAUUAUCGGUUUAGAGGAAUCAUAAUUCAUUUGCAAUCACCGAGAAUACGAAAGAUCUAAGCGAAUUGUGAGCCGGCACUGUGCACGACUGUAAUAAAAGUUAGCGAUGAUAACCUAACUUUAUAAUGUGUAUUUUAUUAAAGGAAGGGAAAAAAAGGAAACCUCUAUAACGAUAAUAGAAAAAAUAAGUAUUUAGCUAGUAGCUGGCAGAGAUCACAAUUAUGUUUGUUUCAAGUUUUCUUCAACCAUUCGUUGGGAAUACGUAUACGUAUUUUAUUAAUUUUGCGCAUGCGCACCAGCGAAAUUCGUGAAAAAGGUUGAAGUUAGAAUACAAGACGGUAUGCAUUGAUAAUGUUCAAGUUUUUUCAUCAGGAAAACAUUAAUUAGUAGAAAAAUAAGAGGUCGUAAGUUUAGCGUAAUGAGUGGAAAAUCAGGUAUAGUGUAAGCAGAAAAAUUGUGGAUUCAAAUAGUCAGGUUGGUUGUGGCUAUCGCACGAAAUUUAGAUCUUUAAUGACAUAACCUGAUGCGCUUGUCAGUUGAUUGGUGGAUCUAAAAUAAGAGGUGUAUCUUUUAUAAAGCACAACAAUAAUUUAUAAACAGUAUCGAUAAAACUAUUUGAGUUUAACAUGUUAUAUAUCACAUGACAAACACGUUUGUGUGUACAAAACAUUGGUGUUACUUUCUCACUUCCUCCUCUACCUCCUUCGCCUCUGCCUCCUUCUUCACUUCCUCUUCUUCCGUUUCCUCUCGCCGUUUUUUUAUUAUCCUUUCUUUGGUGAAACUAUCUGCCAUGAAUUUGAUAUAGUAACAAACAUUCCAACGAAAUAUCAGGGCAUAGUUAAUGUUGAUAUAUAAGGCAUAUUUACAUACAUAAAUGCCCUACAACUAAAAGGCGUACAGCUCUACGCUACACCGGUGAGUUCCAACACAAAAUAUUGCUUGGUAGUACGGCGGACACUCAAAGCCAACUAACCAUGUCUGUACAAAGUGUUGCUCUGGCAUCUCUCACGGCCACCUAUACCGACUCGGAGGGCGAAGACGGGGUGGAAGACGACCUUCAGGAGAAUUCGAACACUCCCCAGGGGGCCGCCCCGCAUAAUGCCCAAGUCGGUCAGCCCCAGGCUUUCACCAGUCCCAAAUCUGGCACAUCAGCCUCAAAUAGUCCCGUUGUUGCACCCAACGUCGGUGGCAAGUCUAGUAACGAUUUGUCGAACGCACCCACCUUAGUAACAGAUGUGACAUCUAAGGUGCAAAGAUUGGUUUCAUACUUUGAUGAUACAAUAGUCUCCGAUGACGAGGGAGUGGUACAAACACAAAUCGAUGGACAGCCUUUUGAAAAUGGAAGGCCCUCCUCGAUUAUGGAAUGCUCUCCCUCCUGUCAAGGAGAACAGUUAGUUUCAGAUAGCGAGGUGGACCCCUAUGGCGUUGUUAUACCACCAGAGCCAUCAGGACAGUGUCCUGUGGAACUACAGGAAAAGAUAACAAAACUUUUUAGGAAAAUGGAGAGCGGCGGUUUGGAUAUGAACAAAGUUAUACAACAAAGGAAGGAUUUUAGAAAUCCAUCCAUUUAUGAAAAACUUGUUCAAUUUUGUAGCAUCAAUGAAUUGGGUACUAAUUAUCCUCCUGAUAGAUUUGAUCCAUUUAAGUGGGGUAAAGAUUCGUAUUACGAGGAGCUCGCCAAAGUUCAAAAGGCAAAAAUGGAUAAACUCGAAAAGGCUAGGAAAGAGAAAACAAAAAUCGAAAUUGUUUCUGGUACAGCUAAACGACCCAAUAGUUCUAGUACAACAGAAGAUGAUGCUAAAAAAAGAAAAAGUAAAUGGGAUCAAGUUGCAACUGGAGCUACUGCCUCGAUAAAGCCAACUGUGCUGUUAUCUCAACCAACUCUUACCACUUUAACAUCAUCUGCAACUGGCACCAAAGCAACGAAAAGGAAAUCGCAGCGGAUUUCACAUAAAUGUGAAUAUAAUAUAGACUCGCAUAACAUGCGAUCAUAUAUUCAUAUAGCCAUACGUGUUAUCCAUAAGAUUGAUUUAUCAAAUUUAAUUGUUGGUUUUGUUGAAUAUACCGAAUCGACCUUUCAUUUAAUAUAUAAUGGGAUAAACUGUUUUGAAAGCAUAUCCCUUAGUAUGACUUCUGUCAGAAUGAUUAUCAACAAGGAUGCAUCAAGUCGACAGCUUUCAAUUACAUAUACAGAAAAUUAUGCAAGAGAAGGAGAGAAGAAAUAAUAUAAACUAAGAAAGAAAGAUUUCUUAGAAAAAGAAGAUUUUGAAAUUAAUGAAAUGAGAAAUAAGGUAUUGAUCGACCGUUAUAUUGAGUUUCUUUUUUGUGCUUUCUUCCUCUAUAAAAUAUUUUUAAUUUAAGAUAAAUUUUGAUAUUUAUGUAUAUUUUUUUCGUGACAUUAUUUUCCACAUUAAUAAUGUCUUAUUUAGUGGACUAAAAGAAAGGUAUAUAGGAGAUAUAAAGGUAAUAGGAGAAAAGCAGAUACAACGAUAACGUUUAUUAUGAAGGGAAUUUCCUUUUCUUUUUGUGAAUAUAUUUAUAACAUUUA